GGAUUCUUCAUUUGUAAUCUUCUACUUCGGACUAGAUCUAGAGAAUCUAGACUAUUAUUAUUAACUGAUCUAGAUCAAAUCUAAGAAUCUAAAUAAAUUAUAAAGUCUUAAAAGAUAGGUUUCUUUCACUGUGACUGUGAGUCUGUCCAGUGUCACUGUCAGUAAUUUGGAUCACAAUUUUUGCUAUGGAUUCACAAUAUGAAUCUGAAACAUUUGCAGGGAUUAACAGAACUUCUGAAGAUGUGGAUAAAGAGCUGGCAACUAAAAACAUGACCUUUGAUCAAUACAUUGAUUAUCAUGACAUAUUCCUUAAAAAAACAAUGGAUCUGUGUCUGGAACCUCUUGAAAGUGUGGAAUGCUCAAAAGGAACUGCACACAAUUCUUUUAUAGGCUUACGCGACUUUACUGUAGAAAAUUUACCUCCUUGUUAUCAACACAGGGAAAUGUUUGAUGUAGUUAUGGCUUUAGCAGAUCUGGUUGUUAUGAUCCAAGUCCCUCAUGAAGAAAAAAAUGUCUAUUUACAAGGGACUGGGAAGGUUGAUGAUGUUUUCUUUAAUAAAAAAGAAAAUCAAAAAUGCAGUUGUUUUAAGUGCACAACUAGCCAGAAUCCAUCCAAAGAAUGGGGGGUGAUAAGAAUUGUGACCUCUGCCAGCUUGUUUAAAAGCUGCAAAGAUGCAACUAAUUACAGGUGUACCCUAUUUUUUGAUGAGGCAGAAGAUCAAGUUGUCCAUGUAAGGGGAAGUAAUAUUGUUAAAAUGAAAUCGGAAGAGGACUUGUGCAAAUUUGUUUGCAUCACAUGUGAUAUGGAUCUUGUCAGAAAAUUAGAUAGUUAUCUAAAUGUCUUCAUCAAAUAUUGGUGUGCUGCUGUAGCCAAGUAUUAUCCAACUGUAAAAUGCUCUGAUGAAAAACUGAUGUUGGCCAUUUGUCAUCCACAUGGAUGUAAAAAGUAUGUAACCUUGGGGAAAUGGUCAAAGUUAAAGCCCCAUGUUGAAUAUGAUGCUGCCAUGUGUCCUGGUUGCUCAGGUUCCUAUCUGCUUCUACCCAUUUUUGAUAUGAAACCUGAUGAUAUGUGAUCUCUAUUGUAUUUUCUUAUUGAGAUCAUACUAAUUCUGAUUUGUUUAAGUUCAUUUUGGUAUGUAUUGUUUUUUUUCUUUGUACAAACUUUGUUAAAUGUACCAGUACUAGGCCAAAAAGAUUUUAAAAAUCUUGUCCAUUCAUUUCCACUUUUGAUGACUAUUCUUUAUUUGUUAGCAUUAAUGAAGAAAUCAAAUCUGUUUUGUGCAAUAACUAAAACAGAUAAGACUAUUUCAUUCAUAUUUUUUAAAUUAUUGUUUAUUAUGUCAUAUUUUCUUAUACAGUACAUUUUUGGAGAUGUUGAACUGUUAAUUAAAAUAUAUUUUUUUUUAGGAUGGCCAGUUUUUGAAGUACUGUAGUUUGUAUUACAUAACUACUGAUAUUUUUUAACAAAUCUACUAUUUAAUUCCCUAUUUAAGGAAAAUUUAAAUGCAACAGAGCAAAUUUGCCUAGGAUUAUUAAUCAGGAAAUGUUUCUGGACUGUCCUUUCCCCCAACAUUUAAUCACCUUUAUUAUUUCAUAAGGGAUGUUAUGACUAUUUGAGUUUUCAAAAAUCCAACUAGGUUUUAAGCUAGGAAGACAAAUGUUAUUUAAUGAAUUUUUUGUGAAUUUCCUAAUUUUGUGAAUAAUAUAAAAAAAAAACAACUUGUUUCUGUCUUGUAACAGGUUGAAAUAAAAAAAAUUGUAAACAAGCACAAUUUUUAAAGAUAAAUUGUAAAACUAUAUACUGGUAGCCAAACACAUAAUGAAAAGACAUUAUUUUUACAUGUUUCUUUAAAUUUGAAGAGUAUUAUACACUAGUAGAAACAUGUAGGAUAGUGGGAAAUGAUGGGCUGGGUUCGAACCUGGGACCACAGAGUAUACUUGAAGAGAUGUCUUAUAAAUAUUCUGAAGAUUUACCAGUAUAUUUUGUCAUAUUUAAUACAGACAAAAGAAGGUUUAUCUUCAUUUCUCAAGAGAGUUCUCCAACUGUAUGUAUCUAUAUGCAUUGUUAUAACUCUGUUCCUGUGCCAAAAAUGAUGGUGUGCACAAGCACACCAUUCAACACGAGAAAUAGAUCAAAUAUUACUACAACAGGCAAGGAAUGUUUUAGAUCCGGCUGAUGGUGAUCUGCAGGUUAUGGGAGUCUGAGCUGUCUGGGACUAAGAGCGAUCCUUCAAGAUAUUAGUGAACUGUAUUGAGGACACUGGGAAGUGUGUCGGUGGUCUGUACUAAUGUUUAGGUUCGAAAGGACUUGUAGAUUUUAAGACAAGACUCCCUGGGACUGGAUAGCUGAAGUCCAUGUCUCACUGUGUAUGUUAUAACUGUAAAUAAAUAUAUAGUCUAGUAUUAAUUCCUUUCAUUGAGUGCUUGCCUUAGAUAUAUAUAUAGAGAGAUAUAUAGAUUGAUAUUUUAAACAAUUUAUAAUCCCUACAUUUCAGUGACCAAAAAAAAUUACAAUAUUCAUUCUGAAUAUUUACCAAAAAAAAACAAAUAUAACAAUAUAUAAGGUACACAAAAUUUCAAGAAACUAUAUUGUAUGUUUUAUUUCAAAUUCUUUUAGUAAAUGUUUAUUACACUGUUCAAUCCUUUCAUUAGCCUGCUUAAAAAUAUACACAUCUAUCACUCACUGCUAAAGAGUACUACAUUUCAUACUAUCAACAGCAUCAAUCACAUUCUUUAAGAAAAUAAAACUAACAACUGAAACAUAUACAACAAAUAAAACCUACAGUUCUGACAGCAAACCAGGAACUAGAACAAAAUGGAAGCUUCAACUCAGAAUACAUUAAAAUAAAAGCAAAUAAAAUAUCUAGAGAUUGAUGGAAAUUGUUUUUUUUACUGUAUAAUAAAAAUGUAAUAAUGGCAAUGUUCUACAAAAUAUGUAAAGUUGAAAACAAGACUGUAACAACAAAACCAAUAAAGUAAAAGAUAAUCAUAUCUAUGAGGGAAUGAAGAAGCAAUUAUAAAGGUAGGUACUCCCUAAUCUGAACUUGUGCUGACAUUCAAACAUGACAAGCACAAAAACUUAAUUAUAUCCAAAUAUUGCAAAAACUAACUAUCAUAUUUAUAACAAAAUGAACAAA